AUGCAAGAAGACGAGAUUGUUGGCACAUUUAAAUGGAAGAAAGAAGGAGAAGCACCAAAAAUCUCACGACACGUUAAAGCUUCGCCUGAUCCGACUUACUCGUUUGAUCCCAAAGGAAGUAAUUUAACUGAAGUUGAGUGUUUUAGGUACCUAGGAAUUCUUCUCUACAUGGGAGCUCACCAUGAUGUUAUUAAUCCCGUGGAAGAGCUUUGGUCAAUCGACCACGGAAAAUCUAUUUAUAGAAAUAGCAUGCCACGUGACAUGUUUAAAUUCAUUUCUUCACACAUCGAAACUUACGAUGUGAAUCAGCCAGAUGAUGUUUGUGAUGAUGCAUCAGACACUUCAGAUGAUGGGGAUGUCGAAGAGAAAGAGGAAGCUGACAACGGACCAGAAGGAGAGUAUUUCAACUGCGCGGAAUAUUCAGAUCGAGAUUUCAGAGAUCUCUCUGAAGAGCAACUCAGGAAAGAUGUCAGAAUCAAAAGGGGCAUUGUUGGUAGUGGAGUUGUUAAAGUCGUCCCUGCAAUAACUCCAAAUGCACACGACAGCUUUUCUAGAAUUAGAGUGAUUUUAGAUAAGUUUAUUUCUAACCUUGUCAACCAAACCUAUUACAAACCUAGUAAUAGUGUUUCGGUUGACGAACAUUUGUGUUCUUAUAAAGGGCAUAUGUGGGCUAAGGUGUUUAUUAAGUCUAAGCCUGGACGUUAUGGUAUAAAGUUUUGGAUGUGUGCCGACUGUGAGACAGGAAUGACUCUAAACCUCCAAUUGUACUGUGGUAAGUGUGGUGGUAAGGAGGACAAUCAGGGCUUUAGAGUUGUCAGGGACAUGGUGCUACCCAUGUUAUGCCGCGGUAACAAGUUUACCGUUGUGUGUGACAACUUCUUCUGUACGUUAAGGUUGUCACACUACCUUGCUUCAUGUGGGUGCCAACUUUUGGGAACCAUGAGGAUUAAUAGGAAAGAACUUCCUGACGAAGCCAAGACAAUCAAAGGGAGAACUCCCGAUACCACCAUCUUUUUCUCGAAAGGAAAUUGUAAGCUUAUCUCUUACUUCAACGAGAAAAAGAAGCUGGUAUUGGUCUUGUCAACCUGCCACGAAAAGAAUGAAAUUGAAGUCGUCGAGCAGGAUGUGUUCAUUGGCAAAGAAAAAAUGACAAUACACAAACCCCAGCCCAUCCUUGAUUACAACCACAAAAUGGGUGGGGUUGACACUGUGGAUCAGAUGACCAGGUAUUAUACGUGUAGACGUCGAACAAACAGGUGGAACAUCAGGGCUUUAUAUGAUAUGAUUGAUAUAGCUGCCUUAAACGCGUAUAAAACGUACUCAAAUUACCACCCUGCAAACGAGUGGAUUUUUUGA